GCCGGCAAGAGAUUCAUUUAAUGAUUCAGUGUAUCGGUAACCUUCAACGUGUUCGGAGCUAUUGUUUAAGUUUAAAGUUUUAAAUUUUAUUUUUUUAACUUCCCUUCAACAAUAUUGCGUCAUUUAUAAUAGGUGCAUUGAUUACACUCAACUAAAAAUAACUACAUAUAAGCAAAAGAUUGAUUAGAAUACUAAUAAAUGAUAGAUAACAUUAUUUGAUACGCAUUCUUAUAUUAAAAAUUCAUAUUGUGUAAUGAAUAGUUUAAAAAAUAUGACAACUUGCUGGUUUCGAGCUGUGCCAGUAAUUAGCAAACAAUUACAGCAAAAUGGCAAAUUUUUUAGUACUCAAACUGUCAUUAACCCGUUACCCAAAUCAACUUUUGCUGAUCCAGUAAUUAAAGACCAACCUGUUAUUGACACAAAGAAUGUGGUCAUAGCGAAAUCAACAAAUCCGUUGACAGAUUCGUUCGGGCGCCAUCAUACGUACUUGAGGAUUUCAUUGACAGAAAGAUGUAACUUGCGAUGUAAGUACUGCAUGCCUGCUGAUGGGGUACCUCUCAGUCCAAAGUCCCACCUUCUUACUACAGAUGAAAUCUACUAUCUGGCCAAAAUAUUUGUCGAGCAAGGAGUUCGUAAGAUUCGUCUUACUGGUGGAGAACCAACCAUCCGUCGUGAUAUCGUCAGUAUAAUUGAAAAACUAAAACAAAUACCAGAUUUAGAAAAUGUUGGUAUAACAACAAAUGGUCUUGUAUUAACAAGACUUUUAGUACCAAUGCAACGAGCUGGGUUAGAUGCAAUAAAUGUUAGUCUUGACACUUUAAAGCCAAAUAAGUUUGAAGAAAUCACUCGUCGAAAAGGCUGGGAACGUGUAAUAGCUGGUCUUGAUCUUGCUAUUCAAUUGGGUUAUAAACCAAAAAUCAAUUGUGUUUUAAUGAAAAACUUCAAUGAAGAUGAAAUCUGUGACUUUGUAGAAUUUACAAAAGACAGAAAUGUUGAUGUUCGUUUUAUUGAGUAUAUGCCAUUUAGUGGAAAUAAAUGGCAAACUGAUCGAUUGAUGUCAUUUAAAGAAACUCUUGAAGUAAUAAGGAAGCAAUUUCCUAAUUUUGAAGCAUUAGAAAAUGGACCAAAUGACACUUCGAAAGCUUUUGCCGUGCCAGGAUAUAGGGGACAAGUGGGUUUUAUCACCUCUAUGACAGAACACUUUUGUGGAACAUGUAAUCGAUUGAGGCUUACAGCUGAUGGAAACAUCAAGGUUUGUCUUUUCGGCAAUAAGGAGUUUUCACUUAGAGAUGCAAUAAGAAGCAAAUGCUCUGAAGAAGAGUUGAUUGAUAUUAUAUCAACAGCAGUGCAAAGGAAAAGAAAAAAACAUGCUGGUAAGGAAUUUGCAGACAUUUUAAGUACAAAAAUUUGUUUAAGACCGCACACAAAAUUAGAAUUCUUUCCUUUGCUUUCGGUUUUCCAAAAUUCCGCACAAACUUAUAUGCAGUCAAAAUUACUCUUCUUGUCAAAGCAACCUCCAGAACAAAAUCUUCGAAGAUAUUUUUGCCAUUUGACUCAUGUUGAUUCCGAUGGUAAGGCAAAAAUGGUUGAUGUUUCACAAAAAGAUGUCUCCGAUCGUCUGGCCACUGCAAAGGCAACUGUUGAAGUUGGACCGCAAAUUGCAAAUCUCAUCGAAUCCAACAAUAUGUCAAAGGGUGAUGUUCUUUCAAUAGCUCAAUUAGCUGGAAUAAUGGGUGCCAAAAAAACUUCAGAACUUAUCCCACUUUGUCAUAAUAUAUUUCUAUCAUCAGUCAAAGUGAAUGCAGUUCUGAAUAAAUCAGAAAAUUCAGUUAUUAUAACAGCUACUGUUCGUUGUUCUGGAAAGACUGGUGUUGAAAUGGAAGUUUUGACUGCAGUAUCAAUAGCUGCAUUAACUGUAUACGAUAUGUGUAAGGCUGUGUCACAUGAUAUAGUUAUUAAGGAUGUUCGAUUGUUUGAAAAGUCUGGUGGAAAGAAAUAUUUUAAGCACAAAGAGUAGGUAGAAAUAGAUAAUUUGUAAAAAUAAAAUUAAGUUCAACUUAAUUUAUGUAGAUUUGGUAAGAAUACCUAAUUCUGCCUUUAAGAAAACUUCUUUUUAGUAUUAAAUGAAAUGGUGUAUGAAUUCAAAAAUAGGUAUCAAUAUUUUUGUAUUUUG